GGACAUAUGGUCAAUGUGGUAAAAGGUCUAAAACUGUAUGAGGAUAUCUUCACUGACUCUGAGCUCUCCAAGCUCAAUUCUUUUGUAAAUCAACUCCGCCUCUCUGGUCGAAAUGGAGACCUCUCAGGAGAAACGUUUAUUUUGUUCAACAAGCAGUUGAAGGGGAACAAGAGAGAGCUAAUUCAGCUUGGGGUUCCAAUUUUUGGUCAGAUUAAAGAUGAAACAUAUAGUAAAUCUCAGAGGAGUAAGAUUAACCUUCAUAGUUGAUCCUUUUGUUUUGCUACCAUAAA